ACAUUCGAGUAAUAGUGCAAUCAAUCAAUUUUGAGACAGGGUUUUCUUUUCUGUUUAUAUUUUUGCACAAUAUUCACAAAUUUAUUAGCGUUUUGUGUUAUGUAUUGUAAAUUGUUUGUGUGGUAAAACCAAUAGAAAAAUGAAAGAAUUUAUAAAAAACCAUUGUAGACUUUGUAAGGAGGUGUUCUGUUGCGUGGACUGUCGAGAAAAGCAUGAACAAAUAGUGCACAAUAUAGAGCAUCCAUAUUGCGAUAUAUGCAUGUUUGGAAGGACUUAUAUAUUAAAGCCUUCCGAAAAAGUAUUAAAACACAUUAAAGAUUCGCACUGUCCGUUAAACUGUGUAGUUUGCAAAAAAGUAUAUACUACCAUUGAGGAACUUUUAAGUCACAAGAAAUGUGAAUUGCCUCCCCCUACUCCAAAUAAUCCUUUGAUAGAGGUAAGUCAGGACUAUGACUCUCCUCCUGUUACAGCUCUAAUAGCAAAUAAUAGAAUGUUAAACGUGUUUACCAAUGUUAUUUCAAGUACUCCAAUGCAGGAUAAUAAAUUAAAUAAAAUGCAAGACGGUUCAGUGAAUCAUUCAAGUGAUAUAAGUAAAAUUGAUAAUAAGAGCCCUGCCAUUAAGAUGGUUACUUUUUGUAUUACACCUAGUAUUGAGGAGAAGGAGGAGAAAACUAAUACAGAAAAGGCUGAAGAAAAUACGAAUGUUAGUACACCAGCUUCCACACCUGGAACAGAGUACUAUAGCAGCAUAGUAGAUUCGGAAGUUAAAGAAAACGAGGACAAUGAAACAUUGUGGGAAAGUGCCAUAAACACAACAGAAAUCAAUAUUUCCAUUAGCGACAGCAAGAUUUUUAAAGUAACUCCCAUUAUAGAUAAGUUUACUCCUAUAUCAAUGAACUUAAAAAAGCGAAAAAAGCAGAAUUUAUUUGAUGUGGACUCUCCAAAAAAUGAUGUUAUCCAGGAAGAACCUACUGAAGAGCAAAAUAUUUUCGCCAGUACUAAACUUGUAAUAUCCCAAAGUGAUUUGGAGAAUGAAAGUAAAAAACAGGAAGACCUAUCCGAAAUAAAAAACAUAUCCAAGGAUAAAGAUGGCUUGUGGUCUUCAAUGAGUCGGAUAGUGAAAAAUGUUGUCGGCUUAUCUCAGGAUUUUUGCAACGUUUCCCUGAAAAGAUCGCACUCUGAAAGCGAAGUCGGCAUCCACCACUCAAAUCCAGAGCCCAAAAGAUACAAGUUCAGCAUUAGAGGCAGAAAACCCAUACGGGACACGGGCAUACCUUUACGCGAACGGCUACACAGUUUUGAAGAUCGCGUUUUAAGGCAAAUCAGCGUUGAAGAUGUUGAAAAUAAUGUUUUUGUUAGACGUGACGCCAUUUCCACAGAGGAGAGGUUUUAUUUUAAUAAUAAGGUUUAUGUAGAUAAAGCUACCCAAACAGAUUAGUUUUUAUUUUUAAUAUUGUACAGAUUAGAUUAUAUUUUUAAUAUACAUUACUGAAAGUUA